GCUACUGGAGGCAAUUCAGCUAGCUCAUUCUGAACCCCAUCUCUCGCUGGAAUGGGGAUCAGAAUGGGAAGGCGACUCCUCUUCACCUUGUUCUUGGGAGCUCUGUUCUGCAAUGGCGUUUACGCCAAGUUUACCCGGUACAGCUUCCCCAAGGACUUCAUCUUCGGCACAGGUUCAGCAGCUUAUCAGUAUGAGGGCGCCUACAAAGAAGGGGGCAAAGGUCCUAGCGUCUGGGACAACUUCACUCACAUUCCAGGUAAAAUUUUAAACAAUGAUAACGGCGAUGUGGCAAAUGACUUCUAUCACCGAUACAAGGAGGAUGUGAGCCUCCUGAAGGACAUGAACAUGGAUGCUUUCCGGUUCUCCAUUGCGUGGACCAGGAUCCUGCCAAAUGGAUCCUUGAGUGGAGGAAUAAACAAAGAAGGGGUUGCUUUCUACAACAGCUUGAUCAAUGAUGUCAUAGCAAAAGGGAUGAUCCCAUUUGUCACUAUCUUCCACUGGGACACCCCCUUGGCUCUGGAAAGCAAAUACGGAGGAUUCCUCAGUGAAGACAUAGUGAAAGAAUACGUGGACUUCGCGGAGGUGUGCUUUCGCGAGUUCGGCGACCGUGUCAAGUACUGGACCACAUUUAAUGAGCCAUUCACAUAUAGCGCCUACGGCUACGGCAAGGGCGUGUUUGCGCCGGGACGAUGCUCUUCAUAUGUUUCCAAGUCAUGCGGCGUCGGUGACUCCAGUCGCGAGCCCUACCUCGUGGCACACCACAUCCACCUCUCCCACGCUGCCGCUGUCCAGCUUUACCGCACCAAGUACCAGCCAACACAGAAGGGACAGAUCGGCAUGGUGGUGGUCACCCACUGGUUCGUGCCGUACGACAACUCCGACGCUGACCGUGGCGCUGUGCAACGGAGCCUAGACUUCAUCUAUGGGUGGUUCAUGGACCCUAUCGUGCAUGGUGACUACCCAGGCACCAUGAGAGGUUGGCUCGGCAAUCGGCUGCCAGAGUUCACGCCUGAACAGUCGGCGAUGGUGAAGGGCUCCUACGACUUCAUCGGAGUUAAUUACUACACCACCUACUACGCUAAGAGUAUACCGCCGCCUAACUCCAACGAGCUAUCCUACGACCUCGACAACCGCGCCAACACCACCGGCUUCCGUAAUGGCAAACCCAUCGGUCCACAGGAAUUUACACCGAUCUUCUUCAACUACCCUCCAGGUCUCCGUGAGCUCCUCCUCUACACCAAGAGGAGAUACAACAACCCGACCAUCUAUGUUACAGAAAACGGCAUCGAUGAGGGUAACAACAGCACACUGCCAGAGGCGCUCAAGGAUGGACACAGGAUCGAGUUCCACUCAAAGCACCUGCAGUUCGUCAACCACGCCAUCAAGAAUGGGGUGAACGUGAAGGGCUACUUCACGUGGACAUUCAUGGACUGCUUUGAGUGGGGUGACGGCUACCUUGACAGGUUCGGCCUCAUCUACGUCGACCGCAAGACGCUCAAGCGCUACCGCAAGGAGUCCAGCUACUGGAUCGAAGACUUCCUCAAGAGGCACUGAUCCAGCCCCACAAAAUUUCGGAUUGAUCACGAGAUCGAUCGGCUGGCCACCAGAUUUGUGUUUCGUCAGUCUAGCUUUCAGCUGGUUAAUUUGUGAUUUGUGCAUCAGUGGUGAUGACCGAUAUGAUGGCGUGAUGAAUUAUGCUGCAUUACUAUUGAAUGUGUACCUCAGUACCUGUGCAUCAUUGCUGGCUGAUCCCAUUGAGCCGGACAAUAAUAAGAAGAAACAAUAAUGCUCCCUGUCGAGCAGUGUUGGGCUGGUUCAGGCUUAAUUAAUAUCGUCAUUGAUGA